ACCAGCGCAGACCUGAACGUAGCGCCGGCUCGCUCGGAUUUUGAAUCCGGCGUCGCGCCCUCGGAGGUCGGAGCUCGCUCGCAGCUAGCCGCGCCCGGGUACGCACCGCCCUACCAGCCAACACCGCGCUGUCAACGGCGGCUCAGGCAGCAUGGACUAGCGGAGGGGCCCGUUGCCGCCGCCUGGUCCAUGGAUGGCGCGCUGACUGGCCGGGACCCCCCGGAUAACUGGACCAAGGCUCGGGCACGCCGGGCUCCUUCGGACACCGGUCGCUUGCUCGGCGGCCGAGGCACGAUGCCCCCAUGACGUCGUCGGCGAGGAUGUCGCGGUCGGGGUCGCCACCCCGGGAGCCCGAGCCCCCACCCGAAGCCGCGCCCAGCUCAGCGGGCUCGGCGUCGCCGCCGCCGCAGCCACACCAGUAUCGCUUCGGCCUCCAUAACGACAUCGGAAACUUCACGGCCAAACCACCCAGGCUGUACCCGGAGGUCGGCGAGCCGUGCGGGGUGGCUGCCUGUGCGGCGGCCUGCCCCGUGCCGUGCCCGGCGACCUGCGUGCUGCCUUGUUCGUCGAGCCAACGGUCCCCGCUGCCGGCUCCCAUCCUGGCGGUACAGUCGACGCCCACGCCGCCGCCCAGUGAAGACCAGUACCAAGGAGCCGGGGGUAGCAUACCGCUCAGCGUCUCCUGUCACUCGCUCACGGCGGCCACGACGGGCAGCAGCCUGGGAUCCUCCAUCAACGACCUGACGCUCGAGGCCGAGCAACUCGAGAGGGCCAUCCGAGCCAACGAUGUGGCCACAGCGCGGCGGCUGCUCGAGCUCCACCACGGCCGAUUCUCCGUGAACCUGCACGGCAGCAUAGUGGACAAGAGCAGCACGGGCUCACCCAGUCAGGACUUGGAAAUACUGCUGCGCAAAAGCCAGACCCUCCUCGACCGCUACGACAGAGGCGACUCGGUCUCUACCGACCUGGAGCCCGUACCGCCGGUGUUCGCGUCCGCACUUCACCUGGCCAUCGAGUACCAAUCACUGGAUGUGGUGGCGCUCCUACUCAAGUACGGCGUGGAGCCCAACGAGGGGGGUCUGCCUUUGACACAUCGUCGUAGCAGUUCGGCCGCAUCGGAGGGAAGCACCUCGAUGCCGCCUCGCCUGGUCAUGCUGAGUCCAUCGCGAGCGGGGCCUUCACACAGCCCGGUUUCGGAGCACACGUCACCCCUGCACGAGUCGCGCCGAAUCUACGUGCCCUUGCGCAAGCGGAUGUCACCAAAACACCAGGUGGUGCGGAUCGCAUCGGACUGCAGCGAGGUUACCUUCGAGGAAGAGUACACCCGAGACUUCCUGUACAGCCUGCCACCGCUGUUCCUGGCCGCGGCCAUAGGCAAGGCGGCCGCGGUGAGACUCCUGCUCAAGUACGGCGCCGCGCCCUGUCCCCGGGACAAGAACGGCGUGACGCCGCUGCAUCUCGCCGUGUGCCAGCCGCAGGUCAACUGGACCACCGUCCGUCUCUUGCUGGAAUUCGGGGCGCGCAUCCACGUGGCCAACCUGCACGGCACUACGCCCAGUGACCUCUCCGAGUCGGAUCUGACCGCAAUACAGACGGCUCUGGUCGAAGCAACCUUCGCGGUCAUGCCCACCUCGGUGCCACCCGUGGCGAGCCCCGGACCGCAGCCCACGUCCUCCGCCUCGUCAGCCACGGGCGGCCCCAGCAGGGCGGGCGACGAGAACGCCGGACCCAACCUGCGCUCCAACAUCCUUCGAAGGCUACAGGACUCUAGGUCCGGCCAGAGCCACCGCGGCUCAGCGCGCAAGAGGGACGCCGACGAGAUGCUCGUCGGCGGGGCGACGGACGGUUCGGCGCCUAUUCGAAACCGGAGUCCUGGCGUGCUAGGUCUGGGGCACACCACGGACAGCGAGAAGAACCAGGAGAGGGUCCCGAGUGCUGAACCGCAAAGUUCUAAGCUGAAUCGACGAAAAAGCGGCGACGACGGGAGGCUCAAAAACAAGUGUCAUGCGCCGUUCACGGAGGAAACAGAGCCGGCGAAAGUGGACUCUAGCUUGGCAGCUCUGACCCGCAUGGCACAGAAUGCGGAGUGUCUGGACACCAUCUUGGCCGGCCUCAAGAGGCACAUGGAGGGCAUCAUCAAGCUCACCUCCCUCGUGGACGGAGACCGACUUCAGAGGCCCCUAGCGGUGCUCUUCAACAAGCUGCUGCUAACGGUGUCUGACGGCGGGGCCUUCAGUCAGACGUCGGAGCUGAGGACCGAGCAGGCGGAGCGGAGCGAGUCGACAGACAAGGACAUCAUGGCAUCGCAUAUGUGCGAGCUCCUGCGCGUGGCGCUGAGCAGCCUCCGAGGAGGCCAGGCGCUGCAGUUCGCCUCGCUCCUGCUCGUGAACAAGCUGGUCGAUCUGAGCGUGGCCCGGCGUCUGGCGCUGCGGCCCGUCACUCGACACCCACCCGGGAGCUGCCUGGCCCACAAGCGGGCCAACCUCUGCCACCAGCCGGUCAAGGAGAACCACGCAUUCCAGCCGCUUCCCUCGGUGUUCCCGUGGAAGGUGCCAAAGGCUCCGGACCCUCCUCCAGGUCGCUGGUGGUGGACAUGGAGGUCGGGGACACACAGCAGCACGGUGGAUGCUGAGCCCCCUUCCCAGGACACCGGCAACACGUUUGUCGGAAUCUUGGCCCGGGAGGGGGUGGAGUUUGUGCUGAACAUGCUCAACAACGCCAUCACCCUCCACAAAAGGGUGGUGGGCACUCGGCACCAUUGCACGCCUUCACAAAGGUGGCGCCACUGCAGCUACCAUUGCCUUCAAAUCAUGAGUGCUCGGGUUAUCCUGUUUAUGAGCCAAAACGCCGAGGUCCAGCACAACCUGGUCGAAGAAGCCCACCUGAAGAUACUCAUAAACGCUCUGGAUUCUACUCACGACCCGCAACUGCUCUGCAUGGUGCUGCAAAUCGUGGCCACGCUGGCGCUCGUUCCAGAGCACCACGUAGCGCUGUCGGAGGCCGAACUGCCCGACUGUCUGACGCAGCUCAUCCUGCCGUCGGACGAGUGGUACUACACCAACCACAGCACCAAGUACGCGCGCUACGUAAAACACCACGCCGCUCGGGUUCUCGUCUACCUGGGAAUGGAACAGCGGCUGCGCAACAAAGUCUACCUCUUCGACCUCGUGGACGAGCAAGCAGUCCCAACGACGCCCAUGUUGGACAGCCUCGAAGACAGCUACAUCGUGGAAACCUCUCUUCCACCCUACGCCGUGUACGACGCGGACCACAAGCUGCUCGGCAUGACUGUCGAAGCCUUCGCACUAGAACUCCUCAAGACGGUAGAGAGGACUCUAUGUUCCUCGGAUGUAGGAGCGGAGGAAGAGGGCUCCGAGCUGGACUUCUGCCUAAGUCCCAUCAGUCCCUACCCGAACACGGCGAACAUGAGCAGCGCCGCCUUCUACCUGGAGGCGCUUCACGCGGUGGUGCCGCCGGUGAUCUUGGUGCGGCUGCUCCAGCACCGGUUCCUGGGCACUAUGCACAUCCGCCGGGGAGCUCCGUCCCGCACCAGCAUCGCCUCGGAGAACCGCAGUCGCGCGGGCUCGUCGGCCGGCAACGAGGACUCGCUGCGCGUCCGACGGAGAGUCACGCUCACCAUCAACUGCUCGAGCCCUGCCAGGGCCACCUCCACGUCCGCCGAGGAGCGGAGGGACUCCGUUCGGCCUCCGGAAAAGCAGGUGACGGUGGUGCCACCCGAGAACGUGGCAGGGCCGUCGCUCUCCCCGGAGCACUCUUCUCCGGCCGGUCGGAGGGCCUUCAAGUUCUCGAGUCUCAAGAAGCGCGUGAGCAAGGUGGUCGCCACAACUCAGGACCAGAACAGCAGCUCUCUGCAGACGACCAGCGAGGCCGACAUUGUGGCUUUCCAGAAGGAGCUCCAGAACCUCCCAAACUUCGAAUCCCAGGUGGGCUCCGGGGGUCUGUACAGCGACGGUGCGAGUGGCACCGGCGGUGGAGUCAGCGACCUGUGCCACCUGAGGCCUCGCUCGUGCUCGGUUCCUCGGGUGACGUUCGAGGCGGCUUCGCUGCAGCUACCGCACAGCCACGGACCCCUUAUACGGAGCGCCACCACGGAGGGGGCUUACACUUGCUCGCCCGUCAACAAAGCGUCCUCUGCACAGCAGCCGCAGCCCCCGCAGACGUUGCUUUCUGCAUGCGAGACGGCGGCUCCCGCGCAUGGCGGUGGCUCGUGCGAGCUGCCCGGAGCCCACCUGACCAUCCUGAGGCUACUGCAAGAAUGGGCGUGCAAGUGCCCUGGCGAUCUGCGCAGCCGCGAGUUCCGUGAUUUCCUCAACCGGCUGGCCUGCAUGGGGGACCCCUACCAGUGGUGGGCCGAGGAACUGCGCGUCAGCGUCGACAUGAAGGACGUGGAGGACGACGAGGCAAAACCUAGCGAAGUGGAGAGCAUUCACGAUGAAUAUCGCAGGCUCCGGGACCGGGUGCUGAAUGGCGAGCUGCCCGUGGGCAAGGACGAGGCGUCCAUUCUAGCGGGCGUCCAGCUGCGCAUCGAGGAGUCGUGGCCCAGCAACGCACGCUCGCCCAGCGCGCUCCCAUCGGACCACCUGGGCAAGCUCAUCCCCAUCUCCGAGGAUGCCAAGGAGAGCGUGAUCGCCGAACUCCCUGGUACCGCUGAAGGCAGUAGGAUGUCCUCGGGAGACGCUGAUGACAGCCACAAUGAUUCAUCGGACAGCGGUGGCGGUGGUGACGGAACCGGCGGCAGCGGCGGUGGGACUCCGACUUCCACCUGCCGACUCUCCGGGCGCUUCGCCCGAGCGGUGCCCAAGCGCCGGUCGCUCAUCCUGCGACCUUUCAUGGGCUCCGAGGGCAACAAGUCGCCCACGAUGGCGCACAACACCAAGUACAAAGAUUGCCUGCCGCCUGCGUACCACUCCACCAAGAACAUGAUCAAGACCAUCAAGGAGCAGAGAAGAAAGCUGUUCCAUUCGCCGCUCUACGAGAGCGAAAUCCACUUGAAAAAGCUGUACAUUCAAACCUGCAAGCGGCUGCCCGUCUAUGGCUGUCGCCUCUUCCAGGUCAAGGAACUUCUAAGGGGCAAGACAAAGAAGCGGGCGAACCGGGUCCUGGCUAUCGGCAUCGAGAAGAUCGUGCUCCUAGACGACAAGACACUGGCUGUGAGCAAGUGGCAAGACACCGCUGAAUUGCUGCAGUGGCGCACCGGCGGGGGCCGAGCGCACGACCGAUUGGUGCUCGAGUUCCGGGGCUCCAAGUGGGCCUUCGUAGCGACUCACUCUCUGCGCUCCAUCAGCACCGUGCUCUGGGAGAUCAUGCAGGACCUCGACGCCCGCUUCCUUGACGAGCAACUCAUCACCACGCGUGAGGAGCUCGACAAAGAAAGCCACAAGAACAUGGUGUCACUCUACGGCAUGGAGAGGGUCAUCGUGUACAAGGAGGAGCUCGAGAAGCUGCAGACGCUGCUCCACUUUCCCGAAGAGAUGGCGCUGCGGCUGACGAACGUGGAGUACGAGCUGUUCUACAGCGUGGAUCCCGUGCACUACAUCCGCCAAGUGACCGUCGACCUGAGCGGAAAGGCGGGCGCCGCCAUCCCCAAGGGUCACGAAAACACGGUGCAGACACUCAUCGCCCGCUUCAAUGAAGUGAGCUCGUGGGUCACGCAUAUCAUCAUCUCUCAACCAACGCACGACGACCGCAAAGCCGUCCUGUCCUGCAUUCUCCGGAUAGCCAUGUCCUGUUGGAACAUUGGGAACUUCAACGCAGCGAUGGAAAUCCUCGCAGGACUAAAGUCUGAGAAGCUCAAGCCGUUCUGGCUUUCCCUUUCGGACAAGGACCAGCUGCCCGUUUUGGAUUUUUUGAGUCAGGCCCUGCUGAAUCCUGAGCCCUCCAAGGAAUACCGGGAAGCCGUGCAGCGGGCGCUCAACAUUCCGCACUCCAAGGUGGUGCCUUUCUUCGGAACCUUCCUCCGAGAACUGCGGGCCAUCCUCCAAGGCAUGCCCAGCCUCAUUGUCCUGCCCUCGGAAGGGGCCAGGAGCAUCGAGUUCGUGGCCGAUUAUCACGGAGAAGACCAUUUUAUGACGCGGAUUGGAGUAGGGGGCAUCAUCAAUGUUGAGAAGAUGGACGAAGCUCACCGCGUCCUGGACGAGAUCAAAGCCUUCCAUCAUCAUCACAAAUGCAGAAAGCACGCCACGGCACAAGUGGCUAUCAACAGCCAAGAAGCCAGGCGGGACGGUUGCGGCAGCAGUCGCGCGGAGGACGAGAGCCUGUACAUGCAGGACCUGGCGGCCUACAUCCCAAUCCAGGGGCUCAAGCACAACCACGACGUCAGCCUGAUACCACUCCAGGUGGACACUGUAGACUUCCACGAACUGCAGAUCCUCCAUCACGGUUGCACCAUCGUCCACUGGGAAGAGGACGGCUCCCGCUCGGUGCUGUGCUACGCACGCCUUGAAAGUCACAACGGAACGAUAACUUGGUGCAGACCGACGUGGAGUGCCCUACAGGUAUCCGGCCCGCGGGACUACUCUCUCAGCGCCAAUAUCGAGGAGUGUGUGCCCAUCGGCGUCGUCCAGAAGUGCGAGACCGGCGAAUCGUACCAGGCGGGCCUGGAAGAAGGUUUUGUCGACUUGCACAUCGUCAAAGAAAUUGUUUUGUGCCGGAGCUCGAUCGAAGUGGCUGCUGUCGCCAGGCGGCACGGCCUGGAAGACUCAAUCUGCGACCAAAACCUCCUGAGAAUCAAAUUCGGCACAGGGCUCUCUGAAAACAGGGUUCUUGAGUUCAUUCUGCCGGGGACUCUCGCCGAAGUGUGGUACAAGAGUAUACGGCGCCUUGUCGCCAUGCUCAAGCAGCAGCGGCAGCUGUGCGACAGUCGUAUCUAUUGGCUCAAGGAAACUUUCCUCCAGCUCUACUACAACGAGCAGAACUGCAGUGGACCCACAGCUUUUGAGUCAAUUAAGGCAUUUGGAGGAAGAAAGUGGAGUGCAUCAUGGGUGGCGGGCAGCAACGCAGUUGAAGCAUCAGCAUUCAAAAGAGCCUCUAGCUUUGGUAUGAGCACUAACAAGCUGCGGAAGAAAAAAUCUUCUUCGUCCAUGGUGCCUUUCAAGGACGACAAUGCCAUCUUUGUGUUCGACAUAGACGAAGGCCCUCCCCGCAAACCCAGCCCCACUGUGAAGAAACGCCGAGCCACGGUGAAGUCCUCACCCCAGAUGCGCUCCCAGGAGUCGAGCCCUCAACGACUCAGCGUCUCACGCAGUUCCUCUUCCUGCGAAAACCUGAACCGCGUCGACGGCGGAGUCCCUGUCGUCCAGCCGAUUCCGCAGACCGCUGGGUACAUGGACCGGCCGUGUCACGAAUCCCGGGACCCGAUCACCACCUCCGCUCUUCUGAACCGUCUAGUCAUCACCAGUGGCAGCCGCCUCACCUUUUCUUCGUUCGUGGAACUCUUCCGAUCGUUCAUGGUCCACGCCCGACGCGACAUCUUCGCUCUGUUCUGCGCCAUGGCCACCGUAUAUUCGUUCUCGACGGAUGAAGCCGAAAAAGCGGCCGCCGACAGAUCCUCCAAGUCCACCACCAAAGCUCUCGGGCUGAUUACGCGAGGCACGAAGUACGGCUGCCCCGAUCCGGACCAAGACAAAAUAUUCCACGUCGUUUCCUCAUCGAGCGCAUCAACAGACCCCGAUCAACCGGAAGUAUCAAAGAGUCCCGUCAUGGAACCUUCCGUCUUCCAGAAAUUCCUCGAGACUCAGCAAGGAGAGAUCCUCACUGAGACAGAAGUUAUCAAGCUAAUCCAGCGUCACGAACCCAACGACCUUUUGAGGAGGCACGGUCGCCUCUCCUUCGAAGGUUUUGCCCGGUAUCUCAUGGACAAGGAUAAUUUCGCCUUCGUUCCAGAGACCAUCUCACCUGAGCUAGACACUGAUAUGGACUAUCCUAUGGCAUACUACUACAUUGCAUCAUCUCACAACACCUACCUGACCGGCCACCAGCUGAAAGGGGAGUCUUCGGUGGAACUAUACAGUGAAGUUCUCUUGAGAGGUUGCCGUUGUGUAGAACUGGACUGUUGGGACGGAGAUGAUGGAAUUCCUGUUAUCUACCAUGGACAUACUCUUACGUCAAAGAUUCCAUUUAAGAGCGUGGUUGAAGCCAUUGAGAAGAGCUGUUUUGCCAACUCACCUUACCCCAUCAUACUCUCCAUAGAGAACCACUGUUCUCUGCAGCAGCAAGCAAAAAUGGCCCAGAUCUUUGCAAGUGUCUUUGGAGAUAAAUUGGUCACUAAUUUUCUUUUUGAGAGUGACUAUUUGGAUGACCCUCACCUACCGUCGCCCAACCAGUUGAAAUACAAAGUCCUCAUCAAGAACAAGAAGCUGAGAGCCCCUUUGACCCCUGCACUGCCUUUUAAGACAAAGUCUUUCCAACAGGUCAAGAACGCCCCCGGCCGAACCAACAGCAUAAUUUCCACGGCCAGCACCGGGUCCCUCAAUGAUGACGACGACGAUGAGUACGACGAAGAUGACGAUGACGACGACGUACUCGAAGAGUCUCUGUCCAGUCAGGAAGGAUCCUUCAAGGACAGCAGGACACUGAGCCCGGGGACAUCACACCCACGUUCCAGAAAUCAUGCGGAUCUAGAUCUCUUCUACAGCGACGACGACGGCUACAAGCAACGCAAGUCCAGCUCACAAAUUGCGCCAGAAUUAUCGGACCUCGUGGUCUACUGCCAGGCCAUCAAGUUUCGAGGCUUCGUGACUGGCGCGUCACCAACAAAUUCGGUAAAGGUGAAAAAGAUGAGCAGCAGAAAGAACGUGCUUGGUGCUGCCGGCUCGCCAUUGGGUCCCAGUACACCACCACAGUGUUCAGAGCUGAAGUCUGAACAGAUACUACCGAAGAGGCCGUUAGCAUCAGCGAUGUGCCACCAAGUGUCUUCUAUCAACGAAAGCGCUGCCAAACGACUGUGCAAACGUCAUCCGCUUGCUCUCAUUGCUCAUUGUGAUAACCAGUUGAUGCGCACGUACCCGGCUGGGAUGAGAAUCGACUCCUCCAACUUCAAUCCGGUCAUAUUUUGGGCAUUCGGACUUCAAAUGGUUGCCCUAAAUUAUCAAACAGAAGAUGCGGGCCUCCACGUCAACGCGGCGAUGUUCGAGCAGAACGGAAGCUGCGGCUACGUACUGAAGCCCAGAGUGAUGUGGGAUCGUAGCCACAUGAUGUAUGGCCGCUUCAAUCCGUGGGACAAGGAUUUCGAUGCGCUGCAUGCCCUCAGACUUCAAAUAAAAGUGAUAUCGGGCCAAUUUUUGUGCCCGAACGCGUGCAUAUGCAGCACUCAAGUGGAAAUUGAAGUCAUUGGCAUUCCUGUCGACUGCAACCGCCAAAAAACCUCUAUCGUGCAGCGAAAUUCCUUUAACCCAAGCUGGGGCACCAUCUUCAACUUUCGAGUAACAUUCCCAGAUCUGGCGUUCUUGCGCUUCACAGUUGUGGAUGUCACUACCAGUCACCUCUUAUCCCAACGGGUAAUUCCACUAAAGAGCCUGAAGCAAGGUUAUCGGCAUAUACGCCUGCGCAGCCCUCAAAAUCAGCCGCUUUCUCUGGCAACACUGUUUGUGCACUCAACUUGGGAAGAGGAAUUUGUGGAGGUGCCGAAGAAUGGAGAAGCAGUGGACAGUGGCGCCAGAAAGAAUAAAGCAAAGUUGAAAGAUCUUGCAGAGAGCUCCCAACGCGAGGGAAAAGACAAUUCCCUCGGGAGCACCGUUCGGACCAAGCGCAGGAUGUUCUUCCUAGUGGUACACGGCGUGGUGCCCGAUGAAAAGAAGACAAUUUUAAAGACUAGUCAGGACAGCACAUCGCGGGAUGUCAUCGCCCAAGCAUUGCACAAGGCUAACAAGGCACACGAGAGCGUGGACAACUACGUUCUCAUGGAAGAGGUCCAGAAAAGCUGGGACAAGAGGCAGCAAGAAAAGUCAACAACGCAGAGGAUUCUAGAGGAUGAUGAGUGUCCCCUGAUGGCUCAGUCACGCUGGCAAGGAGAUGGUCGCUUCAUACUCAAGAAAGUCGCUGACGAUCCGAGCACGCGGGCUUGGAUGACUACCAUCAAGUCGUCGAGCAACAAGGAAAGGAGAAAGCAGGAUUCCGAACUGGGCGAGACAGGGCUGAGCGAGUGGAACGCUGGAGACGAAACCUACCUCGUUUGCGUCUACAAUGUGUCUUCGGACCAGCCGUACGCCAUCUUGAAGGCCCCGGUCAGCAGCACAGCCCAGGACAUUAUUGCCCAGGCUCUGGUGAAGGCGAGGCGAGCGGAGGACCCCAACAACUUUGUACUCGUCGAAGAGGUCGAGUACCCGUCCACUACGACCGAGAGCACCCCCUUGGGUUCGUCGGUGCGGCGAAGAGGGCCGUACCGCGACCGCCGAGUUCUCUACGACCACGAGAACGUCUACGAAGUCCAGGCCCAGUGGACGGCCAAGGGCUUGUUCGAGCUCAGGGACAGGAACGAAGUAACGCUUGAACAACGAAGAGGAAACGCCCCCAAAAGCUCCAGCUUCUACCGGCUGAGUCGACUCCGUAGCUCAAUGAAAUCCAAAGAACGGGACAAGUCGUGCCCCUCACCCAAACAGUCUCCGGAUUCUUCGUUGCGACACAGUGAGCCCGUCGCCUGCCAAGAACCCGGACCGAGCCAGGAAAUCUGCGAAGAGCCAGCGAGCUCGGGACGACGCCAAGUGCACAGCGAGGGCGAGACACUCUCCGACGACGAGACGCAGGAGCCGCCCUCGGCCGUCUCUCGGCUACGCAAAAUCUCCUUUCGCAAACUCAAGGUCUGGCGAUGAGCUGCCACCACAGGACCGCGGGGAAUCCCCUUCGGGGCCGUGGCACCAUUGCCCCACUGAGUUCCUAUAAAGCGGCGGAAGCCCCAUCGACAGAACCAGCACCCGCUGCCGCUUCGGUGUUGGUUCCAAUGCGGACGUUGACAUCGCCGUCUCGCCUGGGCUGGAGGCCACCCGCGUCAUCCCGCGACAGGUGGCACGCGAACGACCAAGAACUCUUCUUCGGCGGCGAUGGGGUUUUUUUCUGUGUGCAUUUACCAAGCGAGUCGGUCUGAAUGCCUGUGCUCGCGAGCCAGGCGUCCGCCGUCCCCGGAGUUUCGCCGUCGGGCCCGGUAGGAGUUGCGUUCCGCUGUGGGGCUGUUCAACUGCCGUCUCAAGUGUACAGAAGACGACAUCCUCGAAAAGACAAUCUAGUCUCAAACAAAACGCGCUUGAGUUCACAGGGCUGGCCUCUGGGCUUACAGCUGACGAACUUCGGUGCUUAUGAGUCGACGGUUCGACAUGUACGGUAUCCUUGAACCGAGGUCUCCUCGUGCUGGGCUGUUGCCGUUACCGACUUCGGGUAGAGCGCGCUAGUCAUUUUACGUGUUGUUGCCGCCAAGGAAUCUGCCCAGCUUUCGAAACAACCGCGGUGAACCGUCGCGCGUUCCUUUUUACGACGGAAAUUGAAUUGCCGUUGGUCCCUGGGCGAGUGUGCGCGCUCGUGUCGGGAAGAAGAGCCGAACGGAAAAGCGGCUGUGAUUGUUACGCGGUGGUGUUAUUUCGAUGUACCUCUUUCGGUGAUAACAUACAUAACUUCGUUGCUAUAGAAAUGCGUAUACAU